UCCUUACUGACUUCCUGGAAUGUUGGUGGUUUGGUGCAGUUUGGAAGAUAAAGAGAACAAGAUGUACAAGGCAAUUCCUGUGAAAUGGCUCCUCUGGCUCUAUUUUAAUAUGGCUCCACUCAUGUCAUCUUUCACAGUAGUGUUUGAUAAACAUUAAAGAAUAAGCUUUUUUAUUAAUAUACAAGGAUUUCCCCCAAAGUCGUAAAUUCUCAACUGGUCAUUAAUCUGAGAAUCCAGAAUAUUGAGGAAUUUUUUUAAUCAAAUCAUUUAUUUCACUGGUUCUCAACCACCUGGGAUAUUAAAAGAAAAGUUACCAGUAACAGAGCUCCACCCCAGACCUGUUAAACCAGAAGCUCCGGGGUGGGGCACUGGAAAGAAGGAGAGCAAAAGUAAAGAACCAAAGUCCCUUCAAAAGAGAGAUUAAAGUAGACCUAGCUGAUUAGUCACUUUAUGAGUCAAAGAGGCACAUGUUGAAUUAGCAGGGACUGUUAUAAAAGCUUGGAUUUCAGGCUCACAGUUGUCUAAGUAAGAAGAGACAAUGGAUCUGGUUGUGUUCCUGGGGCUCUGUCUCUCCUGUUGGUUUCUCCUUUCACUCUGGAACCAGAGCUCCAGGAAAGGGAAGCUCCCACCUGGCCCCACUCCUCUCCCUAUUAUUGGAAAUAUCCUACAGUUAGAUGUUAAGGACAUCAGCAAAUCCUUAAGCAAUCUCUCAAAACUCUAUGGCCCUGUGUUCACUCUGUAUUUGGGCUUGAAGCCCACUGUGGUGCUGCAUGGAUAUGAAGCAGUGAAGGAAGCCCUGAUUGAUCUGGGAGAGGAGUUUUCUGGAAGAGGCAGUUUCCCAGUGGCUGAAAGAGUUAAUAAAGGACAUGGAAUCCUUUUCAGCAAUGGAAAGAGGUGGAAGGAGAUCCGUCGUUUCUCCCUCAUGACUCUGCGGAACUUUGGGAUGGGGAAGAGGAGCAUUGAGGACCGAGUUCAAGAGGAAGCCCGCUGCCUUGUGGAGGAGUUGAGAAAAACCAAUGCUUCACCCUGUGACCCCACUUUUAUCCUGGGCUGUGCUCCCUGCAAUGUGAUCUGCUCCAUUAUUUUCCAGAAUCGUUUUGAUUAUACAGAUCAGACUUUUCUUAACUUGCUGGAAAAAUUUAAUGAAAACCUCAGGAUUAUGAGCUCUCCAUGGAUACAGGUCUGCAAUAAUCUCCCUGCUCUCAUUGAUUAUCUCCCAGGGAGUCAUAACAAAAUGCUUAAAAAUUUUGAUUAUUUGAAAAGUUACGUUUUGGAGAAAACAAAAGAACACCAAGAAUCCCUGGACAUUGACAAUCCUCGGGACUUCAUUGAUUGUUUCCUGAUCAAAAUGGAACAGGAAAAGCACAAUCAACAGUCGGAGUUUACUUUUGAAAACUUGAUAGCUGCUGUAUCCGAUUUGUUUGGAGCUGGGACAGAGACAACGAGCACCACCCUAAGAUAUGCUCUCCUGCUCUUGCUGAAGCAUCCAGAGGUCACAGCUAAAGUUCAGGAAGAAAUUGACCGUGUGAUUGGUAGACACCGGAGCCCCAGCAUGCAGGACAGGAGCCACAUGCCCUACAUGGAUGCCGUGAUACACGAGAUUCAGAGAUACACUGACAUCGUCCCCACCAACCUGCCUCAUGCAGUGACCUGUGACGUUAAAUUUAGAAACUAUAUCAUCCCCAAGGGCACGACCAUAUUAACAUCACUGACUUCCGUGCUGUACGAUGCUAAAGAAUUCCACAACCCAGAGGUGUUUGAUCCUGGCCACUUCCUGGAUGAGAGUGGCAACUUUAAGAAGAGCGACUACUUCAUGGCUUUCUCAGCAGGAAAACGAAUGUGUCUGGGAGAAGGUCUAGCCCGCAUGGAGCUGUUUUUAUUUCUGACCACCAUUUUACAGAAAUUUACCCUAAAAUCUGUGGUUGACCCAAAGGAUAUCGACACCACCCCAGCUGCCAGUGGGUUUGGCCAUGUGCCACCCUCAUACCAGCUCUGCUUUAUUCCUGUGUGAGGAAGGGCCGAUCAUCCAGCUGCUGAUGUGCUGCCAUCUACAAUCCUCCUCCUCUGGGGCAUUAUUCACCCCCUUCCCAGGAAUGCCUUCUCUGACCUCUCAUUUCAUAUUUCCCCAUUCCCUCAAUAUCCAGUGAACAGCCAACCGCCAUUAAAGGAGAGUUUCACCACCUAAA